AUGUCUUAUAAUUCAUGCCUGGGUGAUGUGCCUAAGGCCCGUCUAUUGUUGAUCCAAGGAGCUACCAUCAACAGGAACCAGCCCACCGAAUAUUACGGAUUCCCUCUUCAAGCAGCAGCCCGACGAGGCAGAUUACCAUUACUUCGGAUGCUUCUCAAUCUACAUGCCGACGUCAAUAUGGCUGGCGGAUACUACGGUUCGGCUCUUCAGGCAGCCUGCGCGGCCAAUCAUACCAUAGCCGUGAAUUUGUUGAUUGAGAAUGGAGCUGACGUCAAGCAUAAGGGUGGCAGACACGGCACUACCCUUCACGCAGCCGCUCCUAUUUGCGAGAGACUUAUUGCCCAUGGAGUCAGUGUUCACGAAUGCUUGGGAUCGCUUGGAGCCCCGCUUCACGCAGCUACAGCUUACGACCAUGAGAAUGUUGUGCAAUUGCUUCUUGAUCGAGGUGAUCGCCUUGCAGUUUCCGUAGCGGCAGAUGGUGGUCAUCAAUCUACUGUGAAGAUAUUGAAGGACAGGUCACGGCAGUUGGGAGUAUAUCUGAAGGGCUUUGAUAGUGCGCUCAGUGUUUUGAAGAGACGAAGGGAUGUCGAUCCCAGUCUCCUGCUCCAGUAA